AUGGAUGAGCUCCACGAAGUCGCGACUGCUUAUUACAACAACGGCUCCAUGGAGCAACAGAAUUUGGCGUGGCAGUUUUUCCGUGCAAUGGACGUUGAUGGUAACGGCCGAGUAAGUAUUCAAGAGUAUACCGACUUCUUGCGUCGAACCGCAGGUUUAGCUUGGGUCCAUCCUGACAUGUUCCGGGAGCUAGACCGGAACGGAGACGGUCAGCUCGACUUCUGGGAGGUCUUGACGCUUUACUAUGUGGCUCGGACCCGGACCAUUAGCUGCCGAUCGUGCCUCCGGCCUCUCAACGCUCUAUACUUCACGUGCGUCACGUGCUUUGAUUCGCCGUGUGGCGGGGACACGUUUGAUCUAUGCGUCAAGUGUUAUAUGCGACGGACGUAUUGCCAUCCGCAUUGUAUGUUCUUGGAUAGUUAUGUCUUAUUACGAGCUAAGCGUAGCCAUUAUCCUCUGCCACCUGGUGAUCACAACCUAGCCCAGCAACACCCUACGAGGAUGAGGUGGUGGCAUGCGUUUAGAGCAAUGGAGGUGGCGCUUGCUGUCGGAAGUCUCACAGGCUUUUGCACCAUUAUGUGA